UCAAAAUGUCAGAAAAAUCCAUCCCUCUUGCCUGGCUAUGUGAUUUUUAGCCCUAGCGCUGCUCUAUAGGAGUGGAGACUCUGAUGCAGAAUGAAGGCCCCAUGUGCCAGGUAUAAGAUAAGAGCUAAUCCCUACUUUGAAAAAAGCAUCAUCUACAUAAGCAAGGCAGAUGCAGCCAAGUCCCAUCCAGUCUUCUGAGCACAGAUCUAAGCACACAGAGAGCUUAACCGAUUUCCCUACUGGCAUGUCCCAAGCCUCUGCUCCCCCGGGAUGCCUUAAUACCCCAAUCAGCUGUUCUCCAACGUUAAAGAAAUGAUUUAACCCAAAAAUCAUUUCUGGGGUUGGCUGGGUCCUGGAAACUAAUUGUGCAGCCCACUGUUCCUCAAUAACCCAAGGGGAGAACAAGUCAUCCACAGCCAAAUAUUUAUCGACAGGAAUAUGAGGGUGUUGUUUCUGCUGGGGGAUUGUGCUUAAGCCUUUAAUCGUGCCAUGAGUACUGAACGUUAUGUCUCAGUGAGAACAACCACAUGCUUGAUCUUGGCCAAGAGCUGGAGAAGCCAAGAGCCAGGAUUGUCCAUCCAUGCUUUUCCAGCGGGGAACAGAGCACAACCCACCCUGCGAGCAGCCUGCACACAGCCCCACAUUAUCUUGCCCAGCAGAUCCUCGGGUUGACACCAUUUACUGCACCAUCUCUGCAGAACCCCAUGCACACAACAGUUCGGUAAGUCACUCUGCUAAAUGCCUCCACUGGUGCAACGAAGAGAAACAUUUUCAUGAUGUCCCCUUGAGUAUUAGGGCGCUUUGCCCUGACCCUCAGGUGUGUCUUCAUGGGCCUGAUCCUUCUCCAACCAGCUCCGCUUUGCCAAAAGCCCAUCCAGACAAGGACCUGCCCAAGGAGAGGGAGGAUGAGACCCCUCACUUAUGGAGAUGACUUGCUCAUCUGGCUGCCUCAGCAAUUUGUUCAUUUUGAAAACUAUUUUUACUCACCAUGAAUGACUAAGCACAUUGGUUUGGGUGCUGGUGGCUUUUUUCUUUUUCCGCUCUUUCUUGGAUUUAUUUAUUUUUAGGUUCCUUUGGGAGGCAAAAGAAAUGGAGCGCAGACUGGAAGCUUAGAGGACAGGAGACAGAGAUCAAGGGAGUGUGGCGAGAUGGGUUUUUCCCCUGCAAGCCUCAGGCUACCUUACUGCUUAUGGGGCUUAACAACCCACUGAGGAAUUUUAUAGGAGGAAUAGGAAAGAGCAUUCAGGAGGUUGUGGGCUUUCUCCUGCAGAAAAAUGCAGGGUCAAGUCCUGGUAGUGGUUUUCCAGAGAGCCGGAGUAGGCUUUCAUAGGGAAGACUUUCUCACGGGUCUUACAGCACUUGGUUAUGCUACAGCCCAUGUGUUUCUAACAUGAUUACAGGAGACUUGCUUUGGGGCAGGAAACAUCCUUCUGUUCUAUUUGUCUCAUGCUUAGCACAAAGGGAUGUGGGCCUUGACACCACAGUAACACAGGUGACUAUUCAUAGUCACCCCAGCUUUUAUCUGAAAUGAAAGUGGUCUUAGACCUUAUGGUUGAGGGCUUGCACACAUGACCUUUAAGGACUCCCAGAAAAUUGUAGGAGUUUUAAAACAAUACAGAAUAUUAAGGGGCUUUAUUCCUUGAGCCGUUUUUUUUUUUAAAGCCUGUUCCCUAAUUUUGAAGGGUCAUAUGAAUGGUUUUAGAACUGGUGAUGCUGUAUAUAUGCUAUUGUGGUACACAGUAAUAAACCUCUCAUCACUCACACUUCACAUCAAGAAAGAUGAUGAAUUACCAACCCAAAGACCCAAAAGCACUCUGGAAACUGUAGGGCUGACCUGGUACGUGGAGAAGAGAAAAAGAAGCCAUCCAACCUCCCUGAACUUUAUCUGCUCCACAGCAGGGAAUGUGUCCACCUCUGUUGAUCUGACAUUCCCCUACUCCACCCUGCUGCCUCCUCUUGCCUCCUCCAGAAACCCUCUUUGACCUUUUCCUGUGCUCAGCCUCCAUCCCUUCCUGAUGUCAGGAAGAGGAGCCCUACGUACACAACUUUCCCUAGACAAACGAACAGCAGGCUCAUCAGUAGCUCUUAUGAUAGGCAGCAAUCUGCAUCCAAGGAGUUUUGCUGCUCCUCCUGAGCCAGCUCUGCACAGCUGCGAGUUGCCUGGGAUUGUCCAAGCCCUUCAGAAAAGCUGAUGGCAGCUGGCUGCAGUUCUGCAUCUCCGGCAAACCUCUUAAUCCCACAGGAACACCACUCUCACCCCAGCACUGCUUCUGCUUCUUAGCAGCUUCUUGGAGAGAAACCUGGGUCUCGUCACAGGCAGCUGUGGCACUAAUAAAAUCCUCUUUACUUUGGCAGAACCCAACACCACUCCAGCAGCGAUAAAUCCCAAACCAGAGGCAAUUUGUCCUUUUUUAACCAGCACAGGCCGCUUAAAGGACAGAGGCAUUAAACCAGCCUUGUGGAAACUGGACCCUCUCCAGCCUGGGGGUGCUGUGGAUGUGCAAGAAGGCCCCUCGCAUCACACCGACCCACGGGGAUGAACACGGGGUGCGUGCCCCUACAUAGGAGCCAAACCUGCCUGUGAACAGCUGAAUAAAUUACCAUCCUUAUUUCUUAGGUUUUCAGCCAGGCCCACGGGAGCAAACCCGCAGCGAGUCCCCACUGCAAAGGUCUCUGUGUGUGACGCAGGGGACAGUCGGGCCGAGCAUCCCCUCCGGAUGGCCAGGGAAGCCGCUCGGCCGGGGCCCAGAAGAUGCCCUUCUCCAGCGAGGCAGUACCAGGAUGCUCCAAGCAGGAGGUGACGUCCCCCUGGGGCUGAGACACGGAGGAGGUCUCCUGCGUGGAGCAUGUUCAGGGGGGAGAAAGGGGGCCGCAGGCUGACCUUCCCAUUCCCUAACUCCCCCCCUGCCCACCGCUAGCCCAUGGGUCCCCCCCCCUUUCCCCUCCUUCUGCAACUCCAGCGCCGAGGAAGCCGAGCCGGAGGCAGUGCUGAGCCGGAUAUGCAGCGACUCCCCGCAUCCCUCCUUGUGAGUAUCUCUCGCUCCUCCUGAUGCCUUUGGAGGAGACAGAUGGACGGACGGACAAGCAACCAGAGGGCAGAGCGCGGUGACGCCGCAGCAGCCACCACGGAGAGGACACAGGAUCCCCCCCUGGGCCCGCCGUGCCCCUUCGAGGGGGUGGCCUGGACCCCGAGACCCCCCCAGGGACCCCCGCAGGGCUGCUUUGCCUGCAUUGCCAAGCCCCCGGCUCUCCGGCAAGCUUCGCCCAUCCUGUCUCCUUCUUCUGCUGUUUAUCUCAUGGAGAGCAAGAGCUGCAAAGGGGACAGCCUGCGGCCGGCGGUCCCGUGCAAGCACUCGGUGGAGAAGAAGACGAUGACCAACCCCACCACUGUCAUUGAAAUCUACCCCGACACCACCGAGGUGAAUGACUACUAUCUCUGGUCCAUCUUCAACUUUGUAUACCUCAACUUCUGCUGCCUCGGCUUCAUUGCCUUGGCCUAUUCAUUGAAAGUCCGGGAUAAGAAACUCCUCAAUGACUUAAAUGGAGCAGUUGAAGAUGCCAAGACAGCCCGUCUUUUUAACAUCACCAGCUCAGCCCUUGCCACUUUCUGUAUCAUCCUUAUCUUCAUCUUCCUGCGAUACCCCCUCACUGAUUACUAGAGUGAGGCCAACAGCAGUGGUUGCCGCCAAAAUGCCUCUAUGCCAGAAGUGUCUGCAGUUGUUUCUUGUAGCAAGGACGCAAAAAAAUAAAAACAAUACUCCACCUGGAUUGCAAAAAAAUAAAAAAUAAAAGAAGAGCCAAAUAAACACAUAAAUAAAAAUGAAAAGAGUUUCUCAGCCCAGCUGAGCAUAUCCUUACUCCCCCCAAAAACACUGUGUGAACUGCUGUAGGAAAGGGUCUCCAACACAUGCACAGGCAGAAAAAUAGAUCAAGAAAUAUUUAUUUUAUGGCCAACAAGCCAUGUGACAAGAGUUUGCAAAGCCCAGAGCCAUGCAUGCCUAGCAGCAGAGAGCUGAGCUCUGGGGAGCAGUAGGGUCUUGCCGAGCAGGAGGCAUGUGCAGUGGUGGAUGGGGACCACGGCAGGGCUGGCUCACAACAUAUCAGGUGGGUUCAGACCACCCCACCACCUCCUGACGUACGGGGGUUUCUUUUCCUCUCUUGAAUUUCAUCCAAUGGUUCAAACAACUCCCAACCCCUGGAGAGCUGAGGGUGUUAGGAAGUUCCUGCUAGGGAGCCCCGAAUUGUUACAGGGCAGGUUUCUCCUCAGGGUCUCCUGGCAAUGCUGAGGAGGAAGGCACCUUCUGGAGAACUCGCCCAAGCCCCCUAAACAGGUUCUGUAUUACAGUAUUCUGUAAACGGUCAAUAAAAGAUACCUCUGCUAACUGA